UGCUCCACCAGAUGGGUUUGAUGAUUGUUUGUUUUUUUGAAAUUGUAUACCUUAGCUGUUCAUCUCCAUCAUCGUGAUUUUGGUCACAUGCACUGUAGUUUGGCAUGAAUGACUUGCGUAUAUUAUAAGGACAUUCAACAUGCUGGGACUUGGGACUGACUUCGCUGCCAGACAUGGGAUUUCUUGAUGCAACCCAUACAGCUCAUCCUUUCAACGCCCAACACCCGUUACGCACCACGCUCCGCUACGCACCACGCUCCGCUUGGCUCCGGCCCUUUGCCCUCAUUCUGGGCUCGGUGACUGGGGAGGUUUUUAUAUUGACGCCAUGGCAGCCAUGGACGCCACGCAUGACCUCCUGCCCUACGGCCUGCUUCCGGGCAGCAUCAGCACGCCCAAGGCUGUCACAGCUGAAGGUGUUGAGCCCCUGGAACCGCGGCCGAAAGGCGUUCGAAGGAGGAUGGCGCGGUUGAAACGAAGGAGGAACUUGGAGGUCUUCCUUCGAGAACACGGCUUCAAAGAUGUGUUGGAGCCACAACAGGUACGCGGCUGCCUGUUCAGACCGGAAGUUUUUUAUCCCAUCCAUGAGGCAGCGCGCCAGGGCGAGGCAGACUUGGUGCGGCAGAUGCUGCGACUGGGGGCAGAUCCCCAGCAGAAAUCGUCGAAGGGCAGGACGCCGAAGGAACUGGCGCUCAGUGCCAACCAGGAAGACUCCCAUGCAAUGGUUUUGAUGCUGUUAGAUGGGGUGCAAGUGCUUCACUUGCGCGACGCCAUAGAGAUCAUGAAUCAAGCACGUGAGCUGACCUGAGAAAUCGGACCGGUCGGGCCCACCGGUCGGCCCACCGGUCGACCUGGCAGUGGUUCACUGCCGGCAAAAACUGAGAAAAGAGCACCAAACUGAGUUUGGA